GGGGUGGGCGAGGAUACCCUGUCAGAGUUCACCUCUGAAGUUGUGAAAUACAUUGGGGGCUUCGUCAGCCGCCAGGUCACCAAGACGCUGAGCUGCCCAUCAUGUGUGAGUAUGCUCCUGGAUGAUAGCUUAACAGAAGUCCUUAUUACCAUCAGGGACAAUGGCGGGCUUGUGUACCCUUCCGAGCUUGUUUGCCAGCUUCUGCAGGAAACAGAAAAAAUCUUCAGAGUGGCCACUGAAGUUGGAACCGCUCAAAUCAGUGCAACUGUGUUGACCAUUCUCGCAUACAGAGCGUUUUACGAAAAACAUGCAGAGAGCUUUCAGAACCAGGCGCAUGUCAAUGACGAGCCAAUGCAUGCGGUGGCACUUGCCAAGGCAGUCAUCAAAAAAUAUGUCACGCUGCAGUUGCGACACUUGGCCCGCACCAUUACGGAAAGUUCCCGUGGAGUAUAUGUGCGGCAUACCUUGACAAAACGAGUCCUCUUUUGCCACCAGUAAUGUGGCACCCUGAAACCAUGCCUUCUUCUUUUUUUUCUUUACUCAGCUUGUAUGCAUUUUUCUCUUGCUUUGUUCCUUUAUUCAUAUUGUACUAGAACUUGCAGGUGGAUGUAAAUAUAUAAUGUGGAACAACAAUUUAUAUGCAAGUUCUAUUCAUGUGCUGUGUAUCUCGCAAGUCAGUUUUCUUUUAUCGAUCGUUAUGUUAAAUGUUUAACGUGUGUGAUAUGCUAAAAUGUGUAUU